UUAUCAUAACCUCCGUAUUCUUGAAUCAGACCAACGCUGUGGCUUCGAGCUUCGGAGACUAUUGUUGCCUGCUAAUUUUCCUCAAAGCUCCAUACUUUCUUCAUCCUGUUUAGGUGUUUUUUAGGUCAAUAAGCAAAUGGAAAAUAGAUGGUUUAAUGGUCAACUAGGGAUGAAUCCUGACAACCAGCAGCAUGACAAUGAGGCAGAUGAGGCUUCUAUCCUUGAGGAUCUCACAGAGGACUUUCGCCUACCAAUUGGUCACAGACCAACAGAAAAUGUCGAUCUAGAAAAUGUUGAGCAAGCAUCAUUAGACAAACAGUUAACAUCAUCCAAUGUCGGAUUCAGGCUUCUCCAGAAAAUGGGGUGGAAAGGAAAGGGCCUUGGAAAAAAUGAGCAAGGCAUCAUCGAGCCAAUAAAGUCCGGGAUACGAGAUGCAAAAUUAGGGCUUGGAAAGCAAGAGGAAGAUGAUUAUUUUACAUCAGAAGAAAACAUCCAGCGAAAAAAGCUUGAUAUUGAGUUUGAGGAGACUGAAGAACUUGCAAAGAAACGGGAGGUUUUAGCUGAACGAGAGCAGAAAAUUCAAACUGAGGUGAAGGAAAUACGGAAGGUUUUCUUUUGUGACCUAUGCAACAAGCAAUAUAAAUUGGCAAUGGAAUUUGAAGCUCACCUAAGCUCAUAUGAUCAUAACCACAGAAAGCGCUUCAAGGAAAUGAGAGAAAUGCAUGGAAGUAGCAGUCGUGAUGAUAGACAAAAAAGAGAGCAACAACGUCAGGAGAGAGAGAUGGCAAAGUUUGCACAAAUUGCUGACGCCCAUAAGAAGCAGCAGGUGCAGCAGAAGCAAGAAGAGUCUGGAACCGUUCAGGCCUCCCCUGUGGUGAGAACUGCAACCGCACUUGCUGAUCAAGAUCAGAGGAAGACAUUGAAGUUUGGAUUUUCAGCAAAAGGCGGGCAAUCAAAGAACAUAUUUGGCAGCACAGCGAAGAAACCGAAAGUAACUGUUGCAUCAGCCUUCAGCAAUGAAAGUGAUGAGGAAUAGGGGGAUGUUGGUUGUGCCUCCAUGAAAGUGAAGCAUGAAAUUUAGCAGUCAAUGAAUUUUGCUGUACCAUGGAGUGGCAAGGCACUGUCAUUUGUAAUCCGACCAUAUCAAUCUAGUUUGAGUGACUCUAGUAGAUAUGUUAACCAUUUCAAU